AUGAAAAACGUGCAAGAUGAUGAGCUGAAAUACAUGGGAGAAAACUAUUACCAAGACACAGUCACAGUCGUAAUGAAAGGGUUCGAGCUUGAGUUGGUCAAAAUACAGACCAUGUUCACAACCAUUGAUUUUUCAGGCAAUGUUUUCAGAGGAGAGAUUCCAAGGGUGAUUGGCGAGCUCAAAUCACUAAAGGGGCUUAACUUCUCUAGUAACAAGCUUCAAGGUCCAAUUCCAUCCGCCUUCGGUAACUUGACCAAUCUCGAAUGGCUGGACGUCUCCUCAAACAUGCUCUCUGGUGAGAUUCCAAGACAACUAACCGAUUUGACGUCGCUUGCGAAGUUAAACCUAUCAGUUAACCGGUUGGUUGGGCAAAUACCUCGUGGGAAUCAGUUUGAUACAUAUGAAAAUGAUUCAUACAGUGGAAAUUUGGGGUUGUGUGGAUAUCCACUGUCCAAAACAUGUACCAACGAGAAAGCUCCUGAACCACCAUCCUUUGAUCAGCAAGAAGAUGAUAUGAAUGGAUUUGACUGGAAAAUGGUAUGGAUGGGUUACGGAUGUGGAAUGGUAAUUGGUUUUUCUGUGGGAUAUAUUGUUUUUUCCAUUAGGAAAGUUGAUUGGCGAAUAAGAGUCAUGGGAAGAGAAUUAAGAAGCAAAAUGGUGAAAAGGGGCAAGAAGACUAGUGUGAGAACUAGAAAUUAA